GAAUAUUGGUAAUAAUAAAUAACUGAUAUACUUUUGCAAUAUUUUAGGACUAUGAAUACCUUAUAAAGUUGAAGGGAUGGUCACUUGAAUCAUGCUCUUGGGAACCAUCGACAAAUCUCACUAAAGACCUCAUCAUGUAAGUGUUAAAAUAGUUCAAUUUUUUUCUUCUAACCCAGGGUAGUACAAUUUCAGCCCUCCUCUAUCUAAGGUGAAAUUGCAGCUGUUGGUUGAAGUCACUUUUUGCAGGUACCUAGUCCAAUAACCCGACUCCUCGCAAUAACUGAGAAUUUUGCCAUGUAAUCAUUUCAACCCACAGUGACCGGUCAAAACAUCCCCAUAUCAAAAUGUGCCUGUCUUCUGCAAACUUUCAUUAAGCCUUUACAAUGUGGAUUGUCAUGAAUGUAUAAAUCGUUAACAAGUUAAUUUCUCUAGUCUUGAGCAAUUACCAUAAACCAAUUAAAAUAUCUGAUGAAAGACUAGAAGGAGCCUGUCGUCAAUUUGUGUUGGGGAUAAGCAAAGGUUUGCGAAGUCGUUCCGCAGCUCCUAUGUAUAUUAACAUGGAUUUGGAUAUAUGGCGAUAUCUAACAUGUGGAAAAAGGGAAGUAUCUGAGCACCGUGGUAACAACCUGUACCAGAAAAAUGAUUUUGAGGCAUUUAAGUACCUUCCAGAGAACUGGUGAUACCAUAUAAAUCAAAAUGGAGAAGGAAUAGCAGUUGAUCUUCCUCUGAAAGCUAAGCCAAUGUUGUCCUGGUCAUCUGUCAACUUCAUAAAGAAAAACGGCAAGUUAUGCAGAGCUGCUAAGAUGCCAGUGGAGAAUAUAUGCCUAGCUGUUAUAAGAAAGGCAUGCAAUGCCGAACAUGUUGUUUGAACAAUAGAACAAACUGAACUUUGUCAAGAAUAUUUGACUGGUAUAAUUAUUUUAGGGAAAUGGAUAUUUUUUUGAAAAUAGAAAAUUCCUAUAUUUCAUAUGAGUAUACCGGCACUGAAUUCAAGGCUGAUUUGGGGGGGGGGGGCUGCCAGUGUAGUUAGCUAUGUGAAAAGUAGUUGCAAGGAGUCAGUUAUUCAACUACCUUAAAAUACAAAACAAUUUUUUUAACAUUUCAAGUGAAGGCCCUUGGUACCAACUUCAAUCGAAAUGUCUUCGAUUUAAAUGUCCAAUAAUUUGUUCUCUAAUUUUCAGCAGUUGAAUAACCGAAUCCUGACAACUUCAAUGAAUAAUCAUAUUUGCACAGUGUACAGAUAAUAUAUAGUUAUUUUAUUAGUUUGUUUUAAAUAUUUAAAGUAUGUAUUUGCUAAUUAAGUAGAGUAGGUUAACAUUAUUUAGAAUAUAUAUUAUUUAUUAUUUACAUGAGUAUUCACAUUACAUAAUGCAGUAAAUGCGCUACGGCAAAAUCUAUUAACUGUGUUGCAUCUAAUCGCUUAAGACCUAAAGCAUUGCAUUUUCCUUAUCUUCCAGUGUAUUAAUGAGGAGUUCUUUUAGCUUCUUCUUACACCUAUACCGGGUUUUGACUCCCAAGUUUUUAAGCCUUAGCUUAAUUUCGUCAAAUGUCAAAUUGCUGAGCAUCUCAAAGCCUAAGUGUCCAACUUCAGCUGGCUGCAUGCAAACCUGUGGCGCUUAGCUCGAGACUCUUUGAUGCCUUCUUCCCAGUAAUCCAGGUACUGCUUCUUGUAUUCCCUGACUCCCCUCUCACAGUCUUCCAGAUGCUACAUUCUCUUCCCAACCAGCAGAACAUCUUUUGCAGCAUCCCAUUUAUUUGAUCGAUGCAGAUGCACUCUUCUGCACACAUCAUUUAGUUUUUCAUCACCUAACAAAAAAGGAAAGAUGCCACUGAGUUUACUGUAAAUCAUAGUAAUUGAAAGAAAUGUACUGUCUUGGUUGAUGAGAAUAUUGGUUGAUGAGCAACACAAAGCAUACAGCAGAAGAAAAUUAAGUGUUCGAUUAGAAAAAAAAACGGAUUUAAAUAAUUUAGACUGUGAGGGCAUAAAAGGGGCAAACUGUAAAAAUGAGAUGCUGUUUUUAAAGAAAGGCAUAUAUGACUACCCACCUUGUCCAGUGAAUUUUCGAACGCCUUUGCAUUUCUCCAUGAAUCUUGGCACAUGGUAGACCAUAGCAUGCAUGUAAGGUGUCACCGUUCCCGACUCGCAUCCCAUGGCUUUACCACUGAGUGUUAGAAACAGCCUUAUCCAGGAAGUAGCCUAAAUGGAAGACAUUAGUGUAGAAAAUUGCAAUAUGCUGCAAGGCGAUACUGAUUACUUACAAGAUGCUGCAGCCUGGGUCUGUGCUAAACAUGAGGAAAUUAAUUAUGCAUUAACCCAUAGAGUCGCAUUGCACACUGAUGCACCCUACUUUAGUAAUUCACUCUGUCUAACGCCAGACGAUUUUACUCGUCAUGGGGAGAGCACUGGCACUUAAUGGGUUAAUUGCACAAAUGUACAAAUAGGAUAUUUACCUUCUGAAAGAAUUUGGUAAUAUCGCCACUGCUUGGGUUAUCUGUUCCUAAGAGGACGUAUAGUUCUGUAAACUCCUAAGAGAAAAAAACAGUUGGUGUACUUAGUUGCAGUGUGGAUAUUAGCUUUAUAAUAUAUACAAACCUUCCAGAUCUUCGCAACAGUCUCACUAAUUUCUGGUCUUGUAACAGCUCCAAGCUUGUUUGGCAAUUUGUUUAGAAGGAGUUUUUUGCUUGAUCCCAUCAAACUAGUGAAAUCGGAAAUUCCACUGCCUCUUCCAUCAGCAUCCAUCUUUUCCCAAAUGUUGAAAGUAACUCCACACCUAUUGAUUGCACCUACAAGAUCAUCCACAUGCUUGGCUGUUCUUUGAUUCGGUGGUUUGUUCAGGUUGUCUUUCCUGUCCCACUCAAUGGCAUCUCUUACCAGGUUGUCUGUUAAUUUAUCUGUAAAUAAUGUGUCAUUAUUAAAAAUUAAAUAAACAAUUUCAUUUCACUAACAUGAUUGUAAACCUUUUGAAAAUCAAUUGAAAUACUAAGAUAAUUAAUUUGAAAUCCUUGAGUAUUAUUGGUUAUCGAUCUACCCAACUGCCCAAGAUAGGUAAAUCCUCUAAUAAUGUAAGGCAGAAUAAAACAAUACAGAAGCCAGGGUACAUUGCAUCUAGUACCUUACCAUUGCUUUCUACAGGGUUUUCAGUUUAGGCCUGCGAACAGUGAAUUUCGCCAGACUUUUUCAUUCAACCCGACCAAAAUUUGCCAAAGAUUUUACAUCAAUAUAUAAUUCAUGUGCACGAAUGAUUGUGAAACUUAACUGAGGUGCAGUCUACAUAGUCUAGGCUUUUCCCUUUCGCCAUAGACAAUUAAUAUAAAAUACAGUAGCAGCUGUAGACUAGAUAAUUGUAGGAGUGACAACUCUGUUCAGUGCUUUAAAUUAAUUAAAUACCUGUGAAAUAAUGAAAACAAGAUAGGUUUAACUUACCAGUAAUUCGAAGCAUUAAUUAAAUAGAGUUCAUCUAAGACCACAUUUUCUAAUGCGAUGUUAAAUUAGUGGUCUGUGCUCACAUGAGAAUUUGCAGCUCUUGGCCUGUUCCCGCAUUUCUUCGAACGUUCUGGCCAACUUAGCUUGCCAGUAAUAGUCAAUUGGCUUUGACAUGUCAUACCUAAAUGUAAAACAAGAUCAGGAUGCAACACAAUGCUAAGAAUAAAAUUUUCAUGUUUCUGUGUUUCUCUUCAUUCAUCGGGCAUAAUACAGACUGAGCUAGGUGGGUCACAUUUAGGUGCAUUGCCAUUCAGUCAAUUAAAGUUCAACACUUUCUUCUCGAUGAGGAUUGUAAAUUAAAGGGUUAACAUUCUAAAUUUACAGAAGGGUGCCAGACACCACCAGUGUAGAUAGUGACACAAGAAGUGUCAGUUAUUCAACAACCUGAAAAAUAGAAAACAAAUUAAUUGGCAUUUCGAGCAAAGGCUCUUUGUUAAGAAGUGAGCGACUAACUUCUUAACAAAGGGCUAAUUGCUUGAAAUGUCGAAGAAUUUGUUUUCUCUUUCUCAAGUAGUUGAAUAACCAAUCAUCAAACUAACACUCUAAAUACCAACUUGAAAAUCUUACACCAAAUACAAGCAUGAUCACUUGUUGCUGACUUCAUACCCAGUAUGAGUAGGAGAAACUAAACAUUAGGAAAACAAAAAGGACAUGAAACUGUUUCAUUAGUUAAAUAUUGACGUUACAAGGCUUGAUGCCUUCGAGGAAUGCUGGUCUUAAUAGUCAUCGCCAGGGAAGGUUCCGAUAGUGGCCAUGUUGAAUUGUUUAAUUUUCCCGAUUGAUGACUACUAAGAUCAACAUUCCUUGCUGGUAUCAAGUGUUGUGACGUCAUUAUGCGUAAGGUCUAAUUUGAUUACUACAUUCAGAGUUGUGCUAAUCAAUCAUGAUAUUAUUGAACCAGGCUCCGCUGUAAAUGCCCUACUAACUGACAACGUAAAUAUCAGCAACCAAGAUACACUGAAGCGAAAAUACAAGUAAAAAAAAUCGAAUAAGAAAUCUAAGACGUCUGAGAAGCAAAGCAAAGACGAACAACGGUGUAUAACUGAUUCACCUACUAAAACCACUCAAACCUCUCAACCGAUUAACGAGGUGAGUAAUGUAAAAAAAAAUACAACUAGUUCUCCUAAAAGCAUCCAAUCUCCAAGAAAAAAAGUCACGGUAGUUGCUGGAGAUUCUAUAUUGAAGCAUGUAGAAGGAUGGCGUCUAUCGAACGCGAGUAACCAUGUGGUAGUCAAGAGUUUCUCAGGAGCUACAACUUCUGAUAUGGAAGACUUUUUAAGACCAGUGCUCCGAAAGGAGCCGAACAAAAUAAUUUUACAUAUAGGUACGAACGAUAUAAACUAUCAAACUGCCCAAACGGUAGCAGAGGGAGUAUUAAAUCUAGGCAUACAAAUUACUCAAGACUCGCCUACAACAGAUAUAGUGAUCUCUGGGAUACUUCCAAGAACUGAUAAACCAAAUUUGAUGUCCAAGGUGAAUCAGGCAAACAGAUUAAUAAAAGCAUUUUGUAUUGAAAAGAACUGGGCAUUCCUAGAUCAUGAGUCUUUCAACUCAACUUGCUUGAACUCUCGAGGACUACAUUUAAAUCGAAAAGGAACUAGUAUAUUAGCCAGAAAUAUAUCUAAGUAUAUUAGUACUGAUUAGGAUAUUGCCAUUUGUGAGUCUGCUUCCAUUUCACCUACCCAUCCUGCAGCCUUUGACAAAUCGCCUUACUCAAAAUUAUUCAAGCGGGGCCUUGUGAUGGCAUCACUGAACAUUAAUAGUCUAACUGCUCACAUUGAUGAAGUGAGAAUUUUUACACAUCAUACAAAUAUUGAUAUAUUAGCCAUUAAUGAAACCAAACUAGAUGCCUCUGUCCACAGCAAUGAAGUAAAUUUACCAGGAUACGAGAUAAUUCGAAAAGAUCGCAAUAUCAAUGGUAGACAUGGUGGUGGGGUAUGUAUUUAUGUACGUAGUAAUUUAAAUUUUAAAGUUCGCAAUGAUUUCAUGAACGACAAGCUAGAGUGUCUAAUUAUUGAGAUAUCCAAGCCUCGAUCUAGGCCGUUUUUGGUAGGUACUUGGUAUAGACCACCCAAUUCUCCUAGAGAAUUAUUAAAUCUAUUUGAAAACACAAUCGAUCGAAUCGAUGCUGAAUACUCUGAAUUAUACUUUCUUGGAGACCUAAAUUGUAAUUUAACUGCUCAAAUCUCUGAUGCAAACACUUCUGAUUUGUUAAAUAUCCUAAACACUUAUGGUUUGACACAAUUAAUCUCUGAACCAACUAGAAUAACACCAGUUUCACAAACCUUAAUUGACCUAUGCAUUACUAAUGUGACCUCUUCCGGUGUCCUCUCGCUGGGUAUAAGUGACCAUUCACUUGUCUAUAUGAUUCGCAAAUCUGGUUACCCAAAGACAACGGGAAGGACCAUUAAAAGGAGAGAUUUUAAACACUUUAAUGAGACAAACUUCCUUGAUGGUCUUUCCCAGCUAAAUUGGGAUGUUAUUCAAAAUUAUGAUGAUCCAAACGACAUGUGGAGAGUUUGGGUUGACAUGUUGAUGAACGUAGUGAAUAAACAUGACCCAAUAAGGAAGAUUAGAAUUGGUAAAAAAAGAUCCCCUUGGAUCACUCCUAAUAUACUACAACAAAUGCGUUCAAGAGAUUAUUUUAAAAAGAAGUUUGAAACCACUAAAGACAUUUCUACUUGGAAUUUAUAUAAGAAAGCUAGGAACGAAGUGAACAGCAAUCUGAAACAAUUGAAACGUGACUAUUUCAGUACCAAUCUUGACUUAGCAAAAAAUGACCCGAAGAAAACCUGGAAUCUUAUAAACCAACUUAGUUCUCGUAAUGUUAGCAAACGCUCUACUGUUAAUAGAGUUGACUUUAAUGGUGCAGAAGUAACCGAUACGCAUGAAAUAGCUGAGGCAUUUAACACACAUUUUACCGAGAUAGGUGAAAACCUGGCUAAAAGUAUUCCUAUAAUUGAUGUCAACCCAAUAUCUUAUAUUAACUCUACAAAUAGUGUGUUUUCCUUCAAGACAAUUGAGAUAAACUAUGUUAAAGAUUUGCUUGGAAGGAUAAACACAAAAAAAUCUAGUGGUCCCGACAACAUUCCAUGCAAAUUACUAAAGUUAGCUAGGGAUGUUGUAUCCCUUCCCUGACGCAUAUGUUUAACAAAUUACUUUGCACUAGCAUAUACCCAAAAGAAUGGAAAAUCGCCAAUGUCACACCUAUCCAUAAAGAUGGUGCCAAACACGACCUCAACAAUUAUCGUCCAAUCUCAAUUAUUUCAGCCGUUGCAAAAUUAUUUGAAAGUAUUAUUCACGACCAAUUUGAUUACUAUUUAACGUGCAAUAAAUUACUGAAUAAAUGUCAGUCUGGAUUCCGAACAAUGCACAGUACGGUCACUGCACUGCUCGAAAAAAACGAAUAGGUGGUCGAUAAAUAUCGACAAUGGACUACUCAAUGGUGUAGUUUUUAUCGACUUAAAAAAAGCUUUCGAUACUAUUGAUCACGCAAUUCUUCUGGAUAAACUUGCUCAAUACGGGGUUGAUGAAAACGCAUUAACAUGGUUCCACUCUUAUCUAACCGAUCAUACACAAAGAUGUUGUGUAAAUGGACAUCUAUCUAGUAAUCGACCAAUCACUUACGGUGUCCCCCAAGGUUCAAUAAUAGGUCCCCUUUUAUUCUUGGUCUAUAUCAAUGACUUGCCAAACUGCCUGAACAAUGGCUUAUCGAGUAUGUACGCGGAUGACACAAAUGUUAGCUUUCAAAGCUCUAAUCACGCUUGGCAUAAAAUGUUGCGAAAUCGGCCAAACUGCCGAUUAUGAAGUUCAGCGGUCUUGCCCAUGAGCAUAGAAAAAAUUCAAGAUGGCGGCGAUUAGGAAUGAAUUGCAAAAUCUGUUAGGGCGAAUUUUUCAUCUUGUGAACUAGAAAACUGUUGUGGAUUACUGCGGAAACAAUCGAUGGGGACUGGUCAAUGUGCGAAACAAACCUUCAAUGAGAAAAUCACGUUCGAAUUAACAGAUUGGCAAAGGCAAACUGGUCAAUUUCUUUCUGUUGACAUGUUAAAAUACUUCUUGUAUAAGAUUUAAUUAAGUGAUAUCGAAUGGAUUUUGCUCAGGCGACGUAAAAUAAAGAUAACAGCUAAAACGAAAGUUUACAUAGACCUACCAGGAGGCUUGUCUAAUCUCUUAAUUUACAAGCUAUUUCGCAGUCUACUAGUGUUGGCUUAAUCAAUAUACAAGGAUGGAUAAUUUGUAAGCAACUAUAUUGAAUUUUUGAAAGUUUUCACACAUUGAAAGGAAUUACAUUAUCAUGUCUGUGCUAACAGUUGAAACAGUUAUAAAUAUUUUUGAAUUAUGUACUGUACAUGUUAAUAAAGAUAACUUGAAGUAUUCUAUAUUCACUAGCAUGUCAUAUUUCUAACUUUCUGGUCUUUAUUUAGCAUACAGUAUCUCACACACACUACCAGUAAUAUGGCUGGCAUACUAAGUAACUAAGGAGUAAGGUGAUAAAUUUCUCUUUUGGUACAUGCAGUUAAAAGUGUUUUUAGUGACUGUAUGUAACCCAUUAUGACUGCCUGUGUAUCAGUAUGUGACAGGCAUUUUACUGGUAUGUGUAUAUUAUUUGAACUUCCUGCAUUGGCAAAGUACUUUGAUUUGUAUAUUAAUAAAUUAUAUUAUAUACACCAUGUCUUUGUAUCCAUUGAUGUUCAUACUUCCACAACCAGGGUGCUUAACCCAUUAAGUGGCAGAGCUUCCCCAUUGACGAGUAAAAUUGUCUGGCGUUAGACAAGUAAAAGAAUAGAUGGGGCGCAUUGCGGUUCAAUGAGUUAACACAUAAAAGAACACACAGAGAAGAAAACCCAUAUGAAUGUGUUGUUUGCAUGUGCAGGAAAUGUUCACAUGUGAUCGAUUCAAAAAGACUAAAAUAAUACACACUGGAUAAAAAAGUUUAUGAAUUUGUUAUUCCAUGGUCUAAUGUUUAGUACACUACUGAACAUAAGGAACAAUACUGGGAACAAUAUUUGCCAAUAGUCCUGGUAAAAAUAUUUAUUAGACCUGACAAUUUAAUUGAGAACACUAUUUGCAAUCAAAUAAUAAUACAUUUUUAAUUAGAUCAACCCUCACUUGCACUUGGCAAUUACUGACAGGGUUAAUAUUACAGUCAUAGUCAAUCUUAAUACACAUAUAGUUCAGUAUAGUAGGCAGGAAUAAUCCAAUGUCAGUGACACAUUAUUUCACAAUAUUCUGCCAUUAGUAAAUAAACUUUGCCUUGCAAGAGCUAGAAGAAAAUGGUAAAGGUUUAGAGAUUAAAAAUCUUGCAUCACUAUAGCUGAUAAACCCAAUAUUGUUACAGUACGGUGACUGUCCUUAAGGGUAAAUUUAUAUAUCUGACUGAUAUAAGACCGAAAUAACAAAGUAGCGCGAUUACUACGGGUAUAGCCUGUAAACACGACUGUCUUUGGGGCACAUCACAUAUCUACUCAGUAUCGCAUAUACAAAACAAGGAAAUGACUGAUGGUGACACUGGGAACCACUGCGGAUUACUGAGUUAACACAAAAGGUGGACCAACAAUCCAUGGAUGUAUUGUGGCUGUAUCAUUGGUAUAUAAAAACAUAACCCUCACAGAGUAAAAUAAUAAAGUAGGGCGCAUCAGGGCGCAGUGAGACUCAAUGGGUUAACUAGACACAUAGACAUAUAAGCCUGUCAACCAUUAAGUGCCAGCCCUCUCUUUUGACAAGUUAACUUGUCUGUCGUUAGAUAGAGACUGACAGAGUAAAAUAAUAACAUAGGGUGCAUCAGGGUGCAAUGUGACUCAGUGCACUAUAACUACAGUAGACACAAAGACAUAUAGGGUAGUUAAUCAUUAAGUCGUUUAAGCACCAGUGCUCUCCCCUUGACAAGUAAAAUGGUCUGCCGUUAGACAGAGUAAAAUAAUAAAGUAGGGCGCAUCAGGGCGCAGUGCAACUCAAUGGGUUAACUAGACACACAGACAUAUAAGCUUGUCAACCAUUAAGCGCCAGCCCUCUCUGUUGACAAGUUAACUUGUCUGCCGUUAGAUAGAGACUGACAGAGUAAAAUAAUAACAUAGGGUGCAUCAGGGUGCAAUGUGACUCAAUGCACUAACUAGACAUAAAGACAUAUAGGGUAGUUAAUCAUUAAGCCGUUUAAGCACCAGUGCUCUCCUCUUGACAAGUAAAAUCGUCUGCAGGUAGACAGAGUAAAUAAUAAAGUAGGGCGCAUCGGGGCGCAAUGCGACUCAAUAGGUUAACUAGACACAUAAACAUAUAAGCUAGUUAACUAUUAAGCGCCAGCAUUCUCCGUUGACAAGUUAACUUGUCUGCUGGUAGAUAGAGACUGACAGAGUAAAAUAAUAACAUAGGGUGUAAUGUAACUCAAUGCACUAACUAGACACAUAGACAUAUAGGCUAGUUAACCAAUUAAGCUGCGCCAGCACUCUCCCCUUGACAAGUAAAAUCGUCUGGCGUUAGACAAAGUAAAAUAAUAAAGUAGGGCCCAUCAGGCCGGCGAGGGCGCAAUGCGACUCAAUGAGUUCAUAGAUUGCUGAAACUAUAAAUCAAGUCUGUGUACAAAUACAACACCUAGGCCAUGCUGCCAGCUGUGCAUGUGGUUUACCUGAAUUUGCAAGCAAUUAUAGGUUUGUUUCAAUAUUCAAAAGAUUUUUCUAACUUCAAAGUUAAAAAAACUUCACAUUUAUAUAGUAACAGAGUUUACAUUGUCAGAAUUGCAUGUUAUGUGCUGAAAUGUAACACUGAGCCAGUUCCCUCAAAGAUUACUUACAAAUCCCUCAAAACGUAGAAUUUACCUAUGGAACAUCGCAUAUUGUCUAGUCAAUCCACAGGCGGCCCAAUCUCGCAAGAGUCAGUAUAGACUUAUAGUAUAAAUGUAUAUUAUAUUAAUGUAUAUUAUAGUAAAAAUAUGUCGUAAAAUAUAAAUUUUAAAAUGAAAUUGACUUGCCUAUUUGAUAGUGUGUGUUCUCCUUUUAUUCCUCUUUUGUUGGACUAAUAUUUUCCGAGACUUUGUACUAGAUGUUACUAGUAUACAUGAAACAUGAUAAAGGCUAACUAUUCCCGAUCGUCGAUCCGACGGCACGGCACUUCGAAUCGAAAAUUUUCACACUCAAAUCGCUUUAUUCUCCAAAACAAUUCGCCAGCAUGUACAACAAAUGCCGUUCUUCGAAAAUACGGAGGUACUUUGGCGAGAUGUACAAGUUUUGGACCAUAUUUUAACAAUGGAAAUCAAAACCCAUUUUAUAUUGAACUUGCCCUGGCCGAAAAUUACUAUGGCGAACGUCUGCGCAACCAGGCCUUCUUUACCGUUGGAUUUGCAGGGGGGAGGAUGCCACGAAUAUAUUCACGAUAAUAUUUCGAAUUAAAGUAUCAUAUUCUACCAUGCUUUCCAACAAAGAGCCGCUGUAUAUUACUUGUUCCUUAAAUUUCUUCAAUCUCCGUCGUUUAGUUUUCUUUUCUUCGACAACAUCUCGAAUUUUAUACAGUAUCCGAUCGAAGGAGUUUUUAUUUUGAAUAUCAAAUAAUGCAAACAGUCGCUAUCGCGGCCGCGAUUGGCUGGGUGUUACCGGAAAUAUCUGCUUCCCCCCCUGUAAAUCCAACGGUAAAGAAGGCCUGGUUGCGCAGACGUUCGCCGUAGUAAUUUUCGGCCUGGGCAAGUUCAAUAUAAAAUGGGUUUUGAUUUCCAUUGUUAAAAUAUGGUCCAAAACUUAUACAUCUCGCCGAAGUACCUCCGUAUUUUCGAAGAACGACAUUUGUUGUACAUGCGAAUUGUUUUGGAGAAUAAAGCGAUUUGAGUGUGAAAAUUUUCGAUUCGAAAUGCCGUGCCGUAGGAUCGACGAUCGGGAAUAGUUAGCCUUUAUCAUGUUUGAUGUAUACUAGUAACAUCGAGUACAAAGUCUCGGAAAAUAUUAGUCCAACAAAGGAAGAAUAAAAGGAGAACACACACUAUUAAAUAAGCAAGUCAAUUUCAUUUUAAAAUUUAUAUUUUACGACAUAUUUUUACUAUAAUAUACAUUAAUAUAAUAUACAUUUAUACGAUAAGUCUAUACUGACCCUUGCGAGAUUGGGCUGCCUGUGGUCAAUCUACUUAUAAUAAAUCUGUGUGACAACUGUCAAUGUGAAAAUAUAAUAUAGAACACAUUAUUGUUCGUAAUUUUAAACAUAUUUCGCUUGUUUUAAACCCUCCAAAUUCGAAAAUAUAGGGUUAAUUAAAGGGUUUGUAGCCAUAGGCCGCUAUAGGUAUUAUAGUUCUUGAGCGCUCAAGAAUGUAUACAAUAUACAAGUCAACAAGUACACACGCCUGCCUUUCAAAACACAUCAAUAUAUUAUCCCUUGUUUCGUACAAAUAAUACAAUAAACAAAUGCCAAACAUACCUUUUCGUCUAAUCUCCUCAAUUUCUGUGUCUUGGUCGAUAAUUCCAUCUUUCUUUUGACCGCAACCUCAGACGCUAAACGUUAUAUUAUUAGCGUUGACAUCGAAACGCUGUAUUUGGUGGCCUUAUUCAAAUGCAUUUUUACUGCGAUCAAAGACGAAAUCGAAUAAAGUGCUUCGUUAGGAAUUUAGAUAAAGGCUAUAAAUUUAGUCCUACCAAAUAUUAUAAAAGGAUGGCCUUAAAAACAAAAGUUAUUCGAAGCCGAAAUUCAUCAAUUGUAACAUUUUGGAUUCGAUGCGCCAUUGUUUGCGAAAUUGCUCUCAAAGAAUGCUCGCAAGCGGCAAAACAAUAAAGGUAGUCAUGGCAAUUUGGGGUAAACACAAGGACAAAUUGGGGUAAACAUAAAGUCACUUAUCAUGUAGACUUGCCACAAGUCGACCAUGGGGAGGAAGGGCGCGGGGGAGAGAAGGCGCGACCCGAGCGACGAAGCGCGCCAUAGAAGGGUCUGGAAAGGACUUUGGAAAGUCUACUUAUCAUGCCGUGUAUGACCAUAACAACCUUGAGUCGGAUUGUCAAAAUGCCCAGACAAUAUCUCAAUUUAAAUCCAAAGUUUUUGACUGUCGGCCAUGAUGUACUAUUGUUCUUCUCGACUUUUAAACUUUUAAACUUUUACCAGUUCAGCAAGUAUACUAUUGUAAUGAUAGAUAAUUUAUGAUAUUUUUAACUUUUGACCACAUGUAAAUAGAUUAGAUAUAAUAUUCUUCACUUUGUAUAAUACUAGUUCUAUAGUACAGGUCCAUUCUGAAAAUCACUUCUGUGAGAAUGCCUCCUGAAUAAAGAUUGUUAUCAUCAACUUUGGUACCAUUCUGAUCCCCUAAUAUCACGCUAUUCAUUCCCCAAGUACAUAUUUCUCUAAGGAUACCCUUCAUGUCACCGCAGCUAUCUAAAAAUAGCGCACAUUUCCAAAAUUAAUUUCGUCUCCAGACUCCAAAAAAAUACGCGCGCCAUCCGCAAAAUUUCGAACAUUUCUUGUGGCCGAAUUUGAAACAUUUUAUGCCAAGCGUGAAUCUUUCUGAUCUUGAAGAAAUUAUGAACACCGAGCUGAGUAGUUUAAACACCUGGCUCAAUGCGAACAGAUUAUGCUUAAAUAUUACUAAAACUGAAUUCAUGGUCAUUGGCUCUCGACAGAGGCUGAUGUACCAUCAUAUUACUCCAUUAAUGAAACAAUUACAUUGGCUCUCCAUCAGUCAACGCAUCAUCUAUAAAAUUGUUCUUAUUACGUAUAAAUCUCUGAAUGGCUCAGCUCCACAUUACAUUAAUAAUAUGCUAAAACCUUUCGCACCAUCAGCAAAUUUACGCUCCUCGUCCAAAGGAUUGCUUACCAUACCCUCAGUAAAACUAGUGAACUAUGGUGAACGAUCGUUCUCAUAUGCUGCACCGAAACUGUGGAACGAACUGCCAGAGUGUAUUAGAAAGAGUGAGACCUUGCCUAUUUUUAAAACCAGAUUAAAGACACAUCUUUUUAAACAGUAUUAUGACUAAGUUAUUAUUUUAACAAGAUUAUUAGCAAUUUUAUAGUAUUCGAUAUAAGUACUCUUAAUAACGAGAAGAGCAUAUAAUUAUUUUUUAGUAAUUUUAUAGUAUAGUAAUUUUAGUAGUCAGUGCAUGUACUAUGUUCUAACACUUAGUAUAUAUUUUUAACACUUAAUGUUAAGCGCUAUUGAGCUAUGGAAAAUGGCGCUAUAUAAAUGAAUAAUAAUAAUAAUAAUAAUAAUAAUAAUAAUAAUAAUAAUGUUAACAAUCUUAAUAUAUGCGUAGAUAACACUCAAAUUAAAAGAGUACAGUACACGAAAUCCUUAGGUGUAACAAUUGAUGAAAAUUUAACUUGGAAGAACCAUAUUGAUACUAUCUGUAAAAAAGUAUCCUCAGGAAUUGGUGCCCUCGAACGAGUGAGGCGAUUUGUAAACAGGGAAAUUGCAGUGAAAGCGUACAAAGGCUUAAUUGAGCCUUACCUUAAUUACUGCUGCCCGGUUUGGGACGGUAUUGGCAGCGAGCUGAACAGUAAGUUACAAAAGUUACAAAACCGUGCUGCUCGCAUGAUCACCGAAAGCACAUAUGAAAACUCCUCGAAUUCUUUACUGCAGGAGUUAAACUGGCACCAGUUAUCUCUUAAUCGCAAAAAGCAUAAAGCAAUUCUUAUGUAUAACACUAUAAACAAGAAGGUACCAGAAUAUCUACAAGACAUAUUUAUUUCGCGGUCUUGUCCUUACAGAUUGAGAAACAAUGAAAAUACAUUAUUUGUCCCUAAGCCACAUACAGAUUAUCUAAAGCGCUCACUCAGCUACGAUGGAGCUGUUUUAUGGAAUAGUUUACCAACUGAACUUCGUUCGGCGCAAUCUCUUAGCGCUUUUAAACGAAGUCUAGAAUGUUGGUUGACUUGGUUAGCUUAGAUUCACACACGGCAAUCAUGUAAAUCAGUACUGUUCUGUCUUUUGUAAAUAGCAUUUGUAUUUUUUUUCCCUUUUCCUCCUUUUUCUAUACUUUAUAUAUAUAUCUAUAUAUAUAUAUAUAUAUAUAUAUAUAUAUAUAUAUAUAUAUAUAUAUAUAUAUAUAUAUAUAUAUAUAUAUAUAUAUCUAUAUUAUGUAAAUUUUUACUGAUGAUUCUACCGUGUCAAAAUAAAGUUUAUAGUAAUAAUAAUAAUAAUAAUAACAUAUUUUCAUCGCUCGAGUGAAAUGUUUGCCCUGAUAUUUUCUUUCAAAGAGUGUUCAGUAACAAACAAUACAAGCUAUUACAUGUGAUAUAUAACUUAUUAAAUAAUAUUUGAAAUUUUAAUUAACAAAAAAUAAUUACUUAGCAUGUAAAUCCUUUGUUUUCUUGUUUGCUUGUUUACAUUUUUUUUGUUGCCAUCUUGUACACGAUUUUCUAAUUUUUUUAGAGAAAGCGCGCUCGCGCCAAUCCUAAUGUGCGUCACACGUAGCACGGUAAUUUAUUAGCGCGUUUCCCCGCACGUGUUUUAUAGCGCCCUGGUUGCACGAACAAAAACACCAAGUUAACUUCCAAGAAAGUGCAGAGUAGGGUAAAUCCAAAAUCCACAAAAAAGCGCGGUGAAAUUCGUUAACGAAUGAAGAAAUUGUUUGAGACUGAAAUAGUUCCUCAAUGAAUGGCCGCCAUCUUGAAAACUGAUCUGUAUAAUAAACUGGAACGACUGCAACUCUGGAAACUAAGCCUGCGAUGCGUUAGCGCAAACUAGAUUUCUCGACGAGGAAAAAAACAGAAAAUUAGGAAUAUAAGACACUUAUAGCAUAUAAUGUAUAAGCCAUAUAAAUCUUGAUCUUUAUAUUCAAACGAAGCAAGUGUAUACCAACUGGCCUCAAUUUGCGAAUUUACCUCUGUUGAGAAACAAAUGAAAUCGUGCCAAUCGCGGAUAAUCCUUAACUGCUUCUCGUCUCACCUUCGUCGACGCGCACUUCGUGAAUCAUUCUAAUUAACUCUCAAAGCACUCCAUGGUCUCGGUCGCACCAUGAAAAUAUCUGAAAAACAAGUCUUUGGCGUUCAAUCUAAAUCUAUUACUCCUGAUAAAACUGAACUUUUAAUCUAUACUGGUAAUGUCUCAACAUUUUCAACCUCGUCAAUCGCCUUCUGCUCCUUUUCCACAUUUUUGAGUGUUUCCAAGCCCAUCCUCUACGUGUGGACAACGCGGCAUUGCCUAUUCCCAUCCACAAGGCCAAGCCAGCUGUCGUGCACGCGGUUUCCAUGUCCUUCGUGCAGAAUAAUGAACCAUUUUUCGCGCUUUUGUCGAACUAAACCUAUCCACCGUUUGCUGAAAGUAGCUCCCCCGUCCACAAUCUCGUUUUCAACCACAUCCUAAUUACUCUUUUCCACGUAACCGCCUCCACGCGAGAUUCGCCACGUUACCGACACACAAUUAACCCUGGCUCUGAUGAUGAAUAUCUUUUCACAGUAGUCAUUUCCCAAGUCAGUGAUUUAAGCACCCCGAAUGCCAAAGUUAUGAUUGCAAAUGUACCACUUCAAGUGCUGAAUAAUCCCCGCGCCAGCAUUAAUGUUAUUGACGAAAAUGCUUAUCACGCCAUCACGAAAUCUCCCCAGAAUAAUCAGCUUUAAUUGCGUCCUACUUCCACGAAAAUCGGAAGUUAUGGCGGUACUUCAGCUUUACUUGUUCUUGGAACAUUCUGUACUCGCGUUGAAUCGAAAACACGCACUAUCUACGUUAUUAAGGGCGAAAAUGGUUCCCUUUUAAGCUACAAAACUGCAACUGAAUUAGACCUACUCUCUGUCAUCUCUCAAACCAAUGCAUCUGUCAACACCACCACACCGCUUUCCACACAUAGCAGCACACAAUUACGUUCUGAAUAUUAAGACCUUUUUGACGGUACUGGCAUGAUGAAGGACUUUCAAGUUCAUCUACAUAUCGAUCCCUCCGUACCCGCUCGAUAACGAACUUGACAAAUUUGAACACCAGGGUAUUAUUGAACUGGUUGAUGACCCAAUUCGUUGGGUGUCGCCUCUCCUUGUCACACCAAAACCAAAGAACCCUGAUGAGAUUCGCCUUUGUAUCGAUAUGCGCCAACCCAAUUGUGCGAUCUUUCGUGAAUGUCAUAUAACACCUGUAGUGUUUAUAUAAUAGUUUAAUCACGUGUAUAAGAUGAUAGAACCCGGAUGACCACGAGGGACGGGACCUUGUUCAGUUUGUAAGCAACCACUUAGGUAAGCAAUAAGAAAGCUAAAGACAAAACACCACACUGACGACGAGGAUGGGAUCUAAGUCCCCACAAUCGAUUUUCGCAAUUAAACAUAAACAAUUGUUGAAUAAAAUCAAGGAAAAACGAGAAACAUGGCAGUAGCUUUACCGCAUUUUGCUGAAUUUGAUGUUCAUUCGGACGGUGCAAUCGGCAUUCGUUGGAAGAAAUGGCUCAAUCGAUUUGAAAAUCUCCUUCUGGCAUUAGACGUAGACGACACUAAAAGCCAAAGAGCUCUUUUACUGCAUCAUGCUGGAGAAAGCGUGAACGAAAUUUUCGAAACAUUGCCCAACACAGAGGCUGGAGAGGACGAAGAGCCGUUCGAAAAAGCAGCGACGGCGUUAACAAGCUAUUUUACACCCAAGAAAAAUCGAGUAUACGAAGUAUACGUCUUUCGUAAGACCAAGCAAGAAAAUGGCGAAAACAUUUCUGCAUUUCACAGACGUCUGCGACAACUAGCGAUGAAUUGUGAGUUUGCUGACACCGACAGAGAAAUUAAAACCCAAAUUGUGCAAAACUGCCUAUCGCACAAACUUCGUAUGAAAGCGUUACAAAAUCCGGAACUUACCUUAACUCAGCUACUGGACGCCGGUAAAGCCAUGGAAAUGUCCAAAUCUCAAGCAGAAACCAUUGAAGAGAAACAAAACGUCAACAAACUGUCGAGGAAAUACACGCGAACGCAGAGCGCCCACGAUCAAAGUCUGGAAGCGGUCUUCCAGAGGCUCAAAGAACGCGGUCUAACAUUGAACAAGCACAAGUGUGAGUAUGGCAAAGACAAGCUCGAGUUCUAUGGUUAUGUCUUCCCGGGAGAUAGUAUUGCACCAGACCCUAAGAAAAUUGACGACAUCGUCAACCUACAGACACCAACAUUUGCAUCCGAAGUCCGAAGCCUAUUGGGAAUGACCAAUUAUUGUUCCAGAUUUAUCCCGGACUAUGCAACCAAGACCGAACUAUUACGCAAGCUGACCCACAAGGAUCAACCUUGGGAGUGGACAUCGCAGCACGACAGCGCGGUUGACCAACUGAAAGAAGCCUUGGUGAAUGCACCGGUUACGGCGUACUUUGAUCCAACCAAAAAUACUGAGAUCUCGGUCGACGCCAGUCCUGUUGGACAGCUGCCAUUCUCUCACAAGUGGACAGAAAGACCGGUACCCACCACAUCGUCACCUAUGCCAGUCGUUCCUUGUCUGAGACAGAGCAGCGUUACAGGCAAGCAGAACGCGAGGCCCUUGCCGUCGUCUGGGCCUGCAAACAUCUUCAUCUGUACAUAUACGGAAAGCCUGUGACAAUCUAUAACGAUCACAAGCCUCUAGUGUCCAUCUAUGGCAACCCAAGUUCUAAACCUCCUGCAAGAAUACAGAAAUGGGCUCUCCGACUUCAGCCUUACCAACUGACAGUCCGUUACCGAAAAGGAGAAGGAAACCCCGCAGAUUACUUGUUACUCCACCCCUCCAAACAACCAACCACGGCUAGCCGAGAACAGAAGAUCGCAGAAGAGUACGUUAAUUACAUCACCUCAACCCCAAAAGCACUAACGGAUCAGGAAAUUGAAGAAGCUACCAAAGCUGAUUCGACCUUGUAA